GUUGGAUGAGUACAAACUUUCAACUAUUUCUAGUUCUUCUCUGUCAUUUAAGAGGUUUCCAAGGUGCACCGUACAUCCCAGAGCAGGCUGCAAAAGGAAUGGAUGAGAGGCAUUUUGAGCAGUCAGCAUGUGACUCACAGUGACGCUUACAUGUAAGGGAAGACAACCUGAACAAACCCUCCAGUGGUUCUGUGAGCAGUAGAAAACCGUAGACUAUUUUCUUCCUACAAUUCUGUGUUAUAUGGUGGAUUACUAUAUAGUGAAGACUGUCAUUAUUGUCAUUACAUAUGUCUAUAACCUUCUUCUCCAGCGUUAUUAUGGUCAUGACACACAGGAAGCCAUAUGCGGUUGCAGAAAUCAGCCAAAAGAACUAAAAUAUAUUAAGCAAAAUUGUAAAUGUCUGAAUCCCAAGCUUUUAUCUAAUUGGCCAAAUAUUUUUAUGAAAUACUCGGAAACUUAGUUAAUCUCGGGACCUAUACCCUUUAUCAAAUUUGGCUAGAAUUAGCCAAGAGGUUGACAUUUAUUGAGGGAGAGGGGGAAACAGACCUGUGAACAACAACCAAAGAUCCUUUUCAAACAAGGCUAAAACAGCAGCUAGGCUCAGUAGUUUUUUGUUUGCUGCUUAUUUUCUUGCUUCUCAAUUAAUGAUAAAGUGAAGAAGUCAAGCUGUUUGAUCUCUGCUCUGGCUGACAAUCACCGAGGACUUCCACCUAUAGCUCUGAAGAAGGAACUCUCCCCUGGUGGUUUCUCCUAUAUCAUAUCCUUCCCCUACAGGUUUCUAAGCCAAGUGCUCAUGAUAUGAUCCAGCUAGCUUAUAGGGUAUCAACAACCUCCUUGUGAAUAAUGGUUAAAAACGGAUCCCACCUGGACAAUGAAACAUUGGCAAUGCUCCAGAAUAAAGCUAUCUCCAUCACCCUCCCAGUGGUGUAUACACUGGUGGCUAUCAUCAGUAUCCCUGGCAACCUGUUCUCCCUUUGGGUCCUCUGCUGGCAUAUCAAACCCAAAACACCUUCUGUUAUCUUCAUGAUCAACUUGAGCAUCACGGAUCUCAUGCUGGCCUGCUGCUUUCCCUUCCAGAUUACCUAUCACAUAAAAAGCAAUCACUGGACCUUUGGCAAGACUCUCUGCAGCCUUGUGACCGUGAUGUUCUACUCCAACAUGUAUUCUUCAAUACUGACCAUGACUUGUAUAAGCAUCGAGCGGUACAUGGGGGUGGUAUAUCCCAUGAAGUUAAUAAAGUGGAGAAGAAAAAGGUAUGCCGUAGCUGCCUGCCUGGGCACGUGGAUUUUCUUGCUAUUAGCCCUCUACCCACUAGAAAGCACAGAUCUGACCUAUGAAGUGAAAGAAUUGGAGAUUGUAACCUGUUUUGAUGUCCUCAAAUGGGAUAUGCUGCCCAACUUCGCAGCCUGGGUAGCCUUUCUCCUUACAUUAUUUAUCGUGCUUUUUCUGAUCCCUUUCAUUGUAACAGUGGGAUGCUAUAUUGGCACCAUUCGGAAGCUUAUUCAGACAUCUAACAGAUAUGGUAACAAGCAGAAGACUAGAUCCAUAUACCUGGCAAUGAUCGUCCUUUUGGUAUUCAUCACCUGCUUCGCCCCCAAUAACUUUAUCCUACUUGCGCAUAUGAUCAGCCGCCUAUUUUAUGGCAAGGGUUUGUACCCUGCCUACAAGCUCACCUUGUGCCUCAGUUGCCUGAACAAUUGUAUUGAUCCCUUCAUUUACUAUUUUGCAUCCAAAGAAUUUUACCAGAAAUUCAUGCAAGUGUUUCGUCCUAAGGCACUGCUCAGUGACAGCUUGGAAAACAGAAGGGAAAGCUUAUUCUCUGGCAGGACCAUGUCAGCCAGGUCUAUGUCAAGUGGACCUAUGGACGGGUUAGAGGGAGUAAAAUUCUAUUUGCAAAGACAGGAAAGUGUUUUUUAGCCUUCCUUUAGACUUCCCAAGCAAAAAGGUACCUGUGAGUUCUAUGAGUAGAGAAAGAAGGUAUUUCUUUUUGAAUGGCUACCUUCAAAAUAACUUGCUUCAGUGAUAGAACUUUAACUGUACUCAGGAGAGAAUAUUUCACAUGUUACUUUAGUAAGCUACUGCUUCCUGGGAAGAAAUGGAAGAAUAAAAGGAAUUAAGCUUAUUCAAGGAGCCAAUGAAGCCAAAACAACAUUGAUCAUUAAGGGUCAGCCUGGAAUGAGUUCUACUGCAUGAAAUCAAAGGAUAAGUUUAGGACAAAAAUUACUUUCAGGUUCUGUGAUCUCAGUGAUUAGCCAAAGGCUUUUGACUCUCAGAGAAUGUGAAAUAUUACUGUAUAUGAACUAAAGCAUACAUCGAAGUGGGGUGUAGGGGAGGGGAGCUAUUUUUCUAAGCAAUGUGGUAUUUUGUUGAUGUAUCGCUUUCUCUCAUGUUGUCUUUCUAUAAAAGAAUAAAGAAAAAUAGUUUGUCAUUUUACCAUUAAUGCAUUAAGUAUAGCCACUGUGAAUUCACCACAACACUCACCCAGUAUCUGCACCAAACCACAUUAACCUUUGAAAAAGUUAGGUUGACUCACAUUAUUUAUUUCAAUUUUGUAUAGCAAAAUAUCUUAUAAAUGAAAGAAAAGCUAAAACUAACAGUGUCUCAGACCACCUCAGCUGCUGAGUGGAUUAUAUUGUCAUUUCUUGAAGUUAUUAAUUUCUCAGGAGAGUGGAGAGCAGUUGGUUUAAGAAAACAGUUUUCUCACAGUGACCUCCUAUAGUACUAAUGCUGCUGCUGGUUUAUGACUGGUAUCAACGAGUAAUUUUCACCAGUUCUCUAUAGGCCAUGUUGAAGAAUCAUCACCCUCAGCACAGAAUUUUGCUUUAUAUUGCAUGAGGAUGAUGAGUUUAUCUUCCUUAUGGAGGUGGUGUAGCUUGUUAACCAAAUUUUCAGCUAAAUAUAUAAGAAUUCAACAACAAAUUGGAGUGAUUCUAUGCCAUCAGAAACCAGCUGAAAACCUGUCUGUGUGGCCAGAUGUCAGAAUGUACUUACUUCAAGCAGGUAAACAGAAAGAAUAAAAAAAAAUGAAAGCAAGUCUUGAGAAGAGAGAUAGGAGAGCUACCAAAUAGCCCAGAAGCAGGUUGUGAAUAUAAGCAGGUUGAUUGUGCAGUCCUAUGUCUGGGACUUCUCUCUGAAAUUACCUACUCCAGCCUGUUACAUAUAUUGUGUCACGUUCUUCUCACACCUCAGCAAUUGCCUGUGUGCUUAGAAAGACAACAGCUACAGAAUACGUCCUGGGGGACAGAUGAAGGUAGGCUGACUCAGAACUAUAUUUUUCCUGCAGUAUUUAUAGUUUUACACUUACUUUUGGCUCUCAUGACAGUGAAGAGCCAAAACUGCCUCAAAGACCCAGACAAGUUUCCCCUAACAAACAGGACAAAACUAUCCCAUAUCCCUUUGCUAUGCUGUGACUUCAUCUAACUCUGAGUAGGAGGCUCUCUUUAACAUCACACAUAGCUGGUUCAGACACCAAUGCCAGGUCUGCACAGAGCAGUGACUGCCAGUUAUACCGAUUUCUGAGUAUAGUAGUUUCUUUGUCUGAGUAAAAGGCAUCAGGCCAAGGCUGCUACAAUUUAUAUAUCUUUUUCUUUUUAUAUGACAUGAUUAAAAUCCAAUUUUCCACCACUGAUCAAGGUGCGAUUUGCUCUGUACAAUUUGUCUUUGUCGCCACCCCAAAAUUUAUCAUGGUCUUUGCUAUAGUGGUUGAAUAACUGCAAAAUGGACUGUGAGAUAUUUGUAUGUUCUACCUCUGUCAAAGUAUCAUUAGAUAUUAGAGCAGGAUAAAAGUCAGUAGACCUAGUGAUACUUAUCAAAAGUCAUGUGAAGUGUUUUGUGUCAUUUCACAGUGUUAGUUACAAGUGAUCUGUGUAUUUUCUGUCUGCAAGGCCAAUCUUAGCUACAAAUAGUCAAUCCCAAUCUUCCCAUCAAGUUACUGAGUUGAAGCAACCCUCAUUAGCUGCCUGUGUGCCAAGUGUGUAUGUGCGGUGAGAUGGGUUUGCAACUCUAAAUCACCUUCUGUAUUCUGAAAGAGAAGAGCCCACUGAAGUUGUUCCUGUGUGAGUUGGGGCUCAGGUCCAAGUUCCUGUAUCAGCUCUAGCACAUUCUCCAAAACGUCUGCUUGUGCCCAGAUCUGUGCUUCUGGGCAGGGAACGUGAGCAGAGGGCUUGAGGAGGAAAAGACCAUAAACAUGAAGGUGAAGAUGUGAGAUGAAAGAGUAAUGUUUACUUAUUAGCUAAGACCAGGGAUGGAGGAGGAGGUAAAAAGAGAGUGGACAAUCUGGCCUUUUUAAAGAGAAACUUUAAAAUGAUGCUUGCUUGCUGGGGACUGUAUUGUCUAAGGCCAGCUCAUCUGAUGCCAUUCUCUUUGAACAUGUCAUUUAUAGUUAUCUGCUAUAGCACAGUACUCUCGAAAACAUUAUAUAAAUCUGAGGAUCUGUGCCAAAUCUGGAUAUGUGCUUCUGUUUAUCUACACUGUCUGAAAACAUUCACAAACUAGGUUCUUUCUAACCUGUUCCACAUCUAUACGGCAGAAACUCAGUUUACUCAUGUUUUGCAAACCUUCUUAUGAAUUUAGCAGUGCAUGGCUCAGCCUGCUGUUCAAGUCCCUUUAACCAGCCACUUUCACAGAAUUCCAUAUUUCUCACUACCAAAACUGUUUUCAGCAUUUUACUGUGGCGGAAAUUUUGUUUUAGAGAAUAUGCUAAAAUACAUAUUUUUUUUAACAUACAAAUACUUGUAUAAUGAAAACAGUCACUUGCCCUGGCUCUGAUGCUGAUUUUCACUCUGGUACAUUUUGAACCUAAUCCUGAAGUGCUUAGUGCCUCCUGAAAUGUGCUGAAACAGAUGCCUCAAUAAUAACUGACAUCGAAUGGAGCUGCAAGAGCAGAAACUCUGUAUUUUCGAAAAUAUUGAAUUGCUCCUUUUGCAGGACAGAAAAGAUGGUCACAACUGACUGAAAAUGUUCUUCUCGCCAACCUCACACAGCCCUUCAUAGCACUCCAUCCCUCUUCUGACACUGCCUGAAAGGGAAUAAGAAGGAUGCCUCACUCAGGUACCUCUUCACGUCAUCUCACUAACUAGCCUGUAGUUAGCUCACAUUAAGCAAAAAUCCCAUGCAAGUAGGGCUCUUCCUUUAGCGAGGAAAACAGAAGUGAUCUCGAUGAGAGCAAUCUUUGAGUAUGACAGUAUAUACUGUGAAUUUUUUUUUCUUCAGAAAACAGAAGAAGAAAUUAUUUUCAGAAGUAACCCACUGUACUGUUCUUUGACACUGGAAACAUGUCCUUGUGGGACACCAUAAAAUAACAAGACUGCUACCCUCCUUAUUCAGUGGGUGUGUGUUGAUAUAUGUAUAUACAAAUAUAUGUGUAUAUCAUUUGAGGAGUCAUCAAGAAGUUCAUGUCUAUACCUCCUUCACUUUGGGGAAUGUGGGUUCUGAGUGACCUUUCUACUUGUUUGCCUGUACUGAGGAGGAUACGUGACUGUAUGGGCUUCUGGUUUUUCUGUUUUUUAUUGUUUAACAAUUUAGUCUCUAUGAAUGUGGUUGGACUUUUUUGUAUAUAAUAAACAAACAUAAAAAGGACAU